AUUAGUUCUUCAACGUUUUCUCAAUUUUACAUAUUAGGUAUCCGACAAUAUUAUUGCCAGUUUAUUUGAAAUCAGAAAAAAAAUCUGAAAAUUCAGCCAGACAGGUUUUAAAAUGCUAAUACUUUUAGUAUGUUUAUGCUUUCAAUUCAUAAUUAAAGCAAGCACAGAGAAAGCUCUGGUGUUCGAUGUGGGUCGUAACGAUGAGGUGGAUUUAUCCGAAGGACGAUUUAGGGAUUGGUAUAACCGUUUGUUCGCUUGCGCAGCUUUCACCGAAAAAGAGAAGCAAUUCAAUGAAAAAAAUUCCAUCAGUGGAAAUGGCAUUUUUUCAAGACCUUCAUCCGAAGUAACAGCAGCAUUAUCAAAUGGAACUGCUGUAAAAGAUCUAUGUGAAAAUCCGUAUCAACCAGCAAUAGUUUAUAAUUCCAAGAAUAAUGAAUAUUUGAUUGGUUACGAGUUUUAUGACAGAACUGGCAGCGCGUAUCUCAAAAUCUGCGACUAUAAUUCCACGAUUUAUGGAGCUUUGCAAUCGGUAAAUCCUAAAAAUUACACACUUGGAGAAAAACCUGAAGAUUAUUCUAUUGCAGCCAGAUACAGUGAAGGGAGACGCACAAAAUUUCGUUUUUACGAUGAUCAGUCAGAAUUGACUUUUUGUUGGGCAUCAGUAUUAUCGAUUCAUACUCCUGCGAAUGACAAAAAAUGGAUUCAUUUCAUGUCCAGGUGGAUUCCUAAAUCAAAAAUGAAUGGCGAAUGUAAAGAUCACGGCUUAUUGGAUAAAGAAUUGGAAUUCAUCUUUUCCGAGCAAAAUCAAGCAGAGAUUUUGAAGGAUAUUCCAUCAUUACUUUCUUUACCUGGAAAUAACACAGAAAUAUCUUGCGGACAAGCAUUCGGUUGCUUGGAGAAAUACCAAAUAAAACCAUUAUGGUAUUUCCAUACAAAUUCAGGCAAAAUUGCCAGUUGCGUUGCAAUGAACAUCGUACCGGUUUGGAAAAGCAUUGCGAAUAAACAAUUGAAAAAAGUUGAUCAAUUUAUUGAAGAAGUUGCAUGCAAAUUUCAUUGUGGACCCGGGUUUCAAUCAAUAAACUACCGUAUCGAAGUAGAAUUUAUUUUUGGUGUUUCCGAUAUUAUGAAAUCAAGCUACGAAAACAGUUCCGACGAGCCUAGAGAAAUUUAUUUAUCGAACACCGAACGAACUCGAAUGAUGGCGAUUCCAGAAGUAAUCUAUCGUAUUAUCCAGAUCGGUUUUCCAUUAGGAAUACAAUCAGGUGAAUACGCGGACCAAAUAAAUGAUCCUGAAUGGUACACAGCGGCGGCUGCUGUUAUAGUACACAACAAUCUCAACUCUGGACAUUUCCAAAGGCUGUGUAGUAGAGAAAAUGAAUUAAGUGGUUGGGAUCAGAUCAAGAAUGAAGAUGCUAGAACUGGUAUAACCUAUGUGUGCCCUUUAACAAAGGAGCUUGGUGAAAGAUUAGGAAUUUCUAAAAACCUAACGAACGAUGAAUUACCUCCUAUACAUUUGAAUAAUGCUCCAGUGGCUUUGAGACGUUAUGUUCUUGGGUUUAAAGAUCUUCGGCCGGACGAACGAUCUGAUAACAAUUAAUUUUUUUAAUUGAAAAUGUGAAAAAAUUGUUUUUCAUUGAAUUAGGUAAUUAGUUGUUAUUAGGUUCGUAAUCAAUUAGGUAACAUCAAUUUUUUGCAUCAUAUGUAACAUUUCUUUUGUGUCAGUACCUGGCUCAUAAGUAAAUCUUUUAUGCAAU